CGCGGAAGGGAUGAAGCCCGAUGACGCGAAGGUGGCCAGCAUUCGUGAUUGGCCACGUCCUCAGUUCGUGACUGAGAUGAGAUCGUUCUUAGGAAUGACAGGCUACUACAGGACUUUCGUUAAGAACUACAGCAUAGUGGCCGCUUGUUUGACUGAUCUGACCCGCCUUGACACCCCUUGGGAAUGGACAGAUGAGUGCGAGGCUGCUUUCAGACAUCUGAAGCAUGCAUUGACGCGCUAUGAAGUCUUGAAGUUACCCGAUCCUGAUAAGCCAUUUAUAGUAACCACGGAUGCUAGCCAAUAUGGCAUUGGCGCCGUGCUUGCACAGCAGGAGGGGUCAAAGUUGAGGCCAGUAGAGUACAUGUCCAAGAAAAUGCCGUCUCAGAAGUUGGCCAAGUCCACUUAUGAGAAGGAGCUCUAUGGGGUGUACAAGGCUCUCACCCAUUGGAGACACUACCUCCUUGGGCGGUUCUUCAUCCUCCGGACUGAUCAUCAAACCCUGAGAUGGAUGAGAACUCAGCCAGUACUCUCUGACGCUCUUAAGCGUUGGAUUGAAGUCAUUGAGCAAUAUGACUUUGACCCUCAGUAUCUUAAAGGGGAGUACAACAAGGUUGCUGAUGCCUUGUCACGCAGACCGGAUUUCUCAGGUGCGCUGAUUACUGAAUUCGGCCUGACGGACAAUGUUACUUAGUCUUUGGUGGAAGCCUAUCAUCAGGACCAGUUUAUGUCUGAGAUCAUACGCAGACUGGAGGCGAAGGAUAAAAAGACCACCGCCGA